CCAGAUUUGAAUUACGCAAUUUCUAACACUUACUGUAAACUUAGAGUCAGCAAAUAUCCCUCUGAUAAACCUCUGCUGCCUAGUAUUCAAAACAAAAUCCACAAUUUGCGUGUGUGGCAACCGUCAUCUUUAAAUCAGCCAGCUUUAAAUCGUGAAGUAGCCUAGCAUACAGCAUCCACAUUUCCUGAAGCCCAGUCGCCAUGCUAGGGUCGGUGGUGUUGUUGUGGCUCUUUAUCCUCCUUCUAUUCUUCUUCAUCAGGGUCCGCCGACCUAAAAACUUCCCACCAGGACCCCGUCCCCUGCCCAUCCUCGGCAAUCUGCUACAGCUGGAUCCUGUCAACCCCCUCAAAGACCUGGAAAGGGUCAAGUGGGCUAUACGUUGUAGGCUAGGGUUACAUAAUGACUAGACCGGGCGCCAUUGCACGCAUGUUGAUUUUGUACACCCACACCAGACAUGAUCAGGACACACAGGUUGAAAUAUCAAAACCAACUCUGAACCAACUAUAUUAAUUUGGGGACAGGUAGAAAAGUAUUAAACAUUUAUGGCAAUUUAGCUAGCUAGCUUGCUGUUGAUAGCUCAUUUGUCCUGGGAUAUAAACAUUGGGUUGUUAUUUUACCUGAAAUGCACAAGGUCCUCUACUCUGACAAUAAAUCCACUGAUAAAAGGGUAAACAGAGUUCAUUUCUAGUAAUCUCUCCUCCUUCAGGCUUCUUCCUCGUUUUUGGAUUUUAUAUGUCGGUUGGCAACCAACUUUAAUGUGUUUACGCUUUUCAACAUGCGCGCGCAGACGCACCUGCGCCCUGGUCUAGUCAGCAUGCAAGACCUACUCUCGCUAGACCUACUCUCGAGACCUGCUACGAUAACCCUGCUGGAAAUUACCUUUUUUUGGUGACGCUAAUAUUUUGGAUAAAGCUUUCUACAAGCAACCCGUAAUAUAAGUCAACGGAUUCCUAUUAUUCUGUAUAGUAAAUCCGAGACACUCCAUUUAGUAUGUAUGAUAUGUUACGUUUCGUAUGGUAUGUAUUAUGGAUGUCCAUCACCCAUUUCUUAUGAUAUGUUACGAAUUACAAUUUGUAUUAUAUGUCACGAAUUUGCAACAUGUACAAUAUGUAUUGAAUUUGCCUCGCCCUCCCUGCGCGCACACCACGUCUAUUUCUAUGGGCACAAGCACUGGUCAUGACACAAACUGUUCACACCCUCUUGUUGGUGGAGAGAAUUUUGCAGGUUUAAAGCUUAUUUCCUGCAAUUCUACAAAUUUUGUCAUGGGGUGCAAAGAAAAUGUUGCAGUUUUAAAGCUAUAUUUCUUGCAAUUCUAUACAUUUUGCCAUGUCUAAUGUGUAUUCAUGUGAUAUUUGAGUGACAACAUCUAUGGGCUAAAAACCUAAUUAAAAAAUGGUAGCUGACAUGGGCUAGUUGAUCUGAUUUCUGACAAGUUAUAAAUAGCUCUCUAAGGUAUGCAAUGACUAACAUGACAAGAGGAACUGAUGAUGCACUACCCAAUUUCGAAAUUGCACUACUAUUACAACCUUCAAGAGUAAGUUUAAAGCCGUAGAGUUCUUUAAAAAAAUAAUUGGGGAACCACUGCCUUGAGUAACCAUCUGUCUCAUGUAACCAUACCAAAGGUAACAUAUCAUACUAAUUUGAGUGUCCCGGAUCUACAUUUACUAUGUUACGUCUACUCUAUGAGACCAGGCUGACUGUAUGGGUAUUAAGUGUGAUGUAGGCUAAAGUUUUAGGACAAUGAGCAGCAAGAGUGGAAUCAGCGGUUCGCCUUCAAAAUAAAGGUCUCGCAUUGAAACUGAUGCAAACGGAUACAAAGAGUGGAAUCAUGCUACAAUUGGACUAGAAAAUGCUCAAAAAGGUUGUAAUGUCAUAACACAAUUUCAACAAAAGACAAUGAUUCAUUAAUUUGACAAUAAACAGAAAUAAUGAUCUAAUUUAGUGUAAUUCUUUGAAAGAAUGAGUGAAAAUUGUGGAUAAAACCCACGCUUUCCAUUAUUUCUAUACCGAAAAAUUCUAUGGGAUUUAUAAACAAGGGAAAAAUAUUGAAUAAAAAAAAAAGGGAAACACUUUAUUAUCCUGGGUAGAAAUUGUGUAAUUACACACUAACAACACUGUGUAGAUAUGUUGUGAAUAAGGUUGAGCUUUUUUGUUAUUACACAUAAGAAUGGAAACCAGGGACACUGAGACUCAAUGUUUAAUAUCAGAGUGCUACGCAACUUGUAAAUGGACAAAAUAAUAGUAGUCAGCCUAGAGUUACUCCUGUAACCACUCUAAAACUCAAGACUGAAAGCUUAUCCAUCAACCCUUGCGUUUUCUCCCAAGUGCCUGAAUAACAUUUCAAAAUAAAAGUCCCACAUUAUAUUCUCACAAUAAAUACUCACCGUCUCUCUCCUGUGCUUCAGCUGAAGAGGCGCUAUGGUAACGUGUUCAGUCUGUACAUCGGCUCACGGCCUGCAGUGGCUCUGAAUGGCCUAGAGGUGGUUCGUGAGGCACUGGUGACACACGCAGCGGAAUAUGCUGGACGACCAACCCAUCUUCUGAUCAGCCACGUCUUCGAAGGCAAAGGUAGUAGGUUCUUGACCCCUUUUAUAAUAUGUGGUAUAAUAAUGGGUACUGUGUGUGUGCCAGUCGGCGGUAUCUGAGCCCUGGACUCCCACGGGAGAAACCAACAUCUUUAGAAUUAGCCCAAUAGGAAAUCCCCCCUUGGGCUAAGGGUGACACAGUAGCAGGCAUGAGACCGUGAGCCCAACCCACGUCCGCUCCGUGUGUGUUUGUAUGUGUGUUUGUAUGUGUGUGUGCUGAUCAGGGAUCGUCAUGGCCAAUUAUGGCUCCAGCUGGAGGGACCACCGGCGCUUUGCUCUGACCACGCUGAGGAACUUUGGUGUUGGCAAACACCCCAUGGAAGAGCGCAUCCUAGAGGAGGUGUCCCACAUCUGCACUGAGCUGGAGAGCAGUGCUGGUACAGUCCCACACACACAACGUCCUAGUAAUCAUAGUCAUCAACGUACAUAUGUAUCAAAUAAUUACACUAUUAACUAUUAGUUGUAACAAACUUCCAAAACCACACAUACUUGUCAGAAAUAAGAUACUCUCAGUAAUACUCCCAGUAUGACAAUAUUUACUAUACUGUUUUAAUAUUAGGUAUAAAGACUGUGGGGGUUGUUACUUUAUCUAUCCUGUCAGUUUGUUCAAUUCAGUAGCUCUGUGAUCGUCGUUCUUACCUUGUCUGUGUGUAUUGCCUUGUGCUGUGAUUGGUAGGCGGUUCGAUGGACCCUCAGCACCUGUUCCAUCUGGCUGCGUCUAACAUCAUCUGCUCCCUGAUUUUCGGAGAGAGGUUCGAAUAUGACGACCCGGUCAUCCUCACCCUCAUCCAGAGGUUAGAGGAGUUGACCAAGGAAGCUCUCACACCUUGGGCCAUGGUACAGUCUAAGCCCUGUGCCACUCCAUGCUUACUAAAAAGGGUUCCAAAAGGGUUCUUUGGCUGUCCCCAGGUAGAACCCUUUUGGGUUCCAGGUAGAACCCUCUGGGGAAAGAACCCAAAAAGUGUUCUUCAAAAGUGUUCUCCCAUGGGGACAGCCAAAGAAUCCUUUUAGGUUCUAGAUGGAACCUUUUUUUAUAAGAGUGUACAUGAUCCUCACUGACCUCUCUGUGCUAGACAUGACACACUGAUCCACGUUUUACAUCCAUUUACUCCAAUCUAUCUUUUGUAGCUCUAUGAAAUCAUACCGGUCUUGAGGCCCCUCCCUUUGCCCUUCAGGAACAUUUUCCAUAAAUGUAAUCAACUGAAAGAACAUAUCAAGAAGGUUGUGACCAAGCACAAAAGUUCAAGGGUCGCAGGAGAGCCCAGAGACCUCCUUGACUGCUACCUGGACCAGAUUGACAAGGUAGGAGAAGGUCAUGAGCCUAUCUCCUGUUUCUGUAGCAUUAAGCAGCUUGAUGUACAAGUACACCCCUGGAUAGGACACUAGUCUGUUGCAGGGCUUUACCCUGAAUCCAUCUGCCAAUCAGAGAGGCAUCGGAUCCCAUUUUUAGAGUCUUUGGUAUGACUUCCGUAAACAGGGCAAACAUUUUCAUUGGGCUGGUGGAAGAGGAGGAAGUACUUUACAGGAUGGCGCAGGGUGGAAUGCAGAAUUUAAUUCAGAGGCCUUUGGUGUGUGUGUGUGUGUGUGUGUGUGUCUGCGUGCAUGUGUCUGUUUCAGACAGCUGAUGGAGGCUCCACAUUUAAUCACACUCAGAUGGUGUCUCUACUACUUGAUCUGUUCCUUGCUGGGACAGACAAGACUUCCAACACCCUCCGCUCUGCCAUGCUACACCUGAUGACCAACCAACAUGUACAGGGUGAGGAAAUAUACACACACUGGCAUACAUUUAAUUCAAUUUGAUGGCGCUUGUAGACAAUGUGUCCGCAUUCACGGUAAACACUGCAUAUGUCGGCUCAAUAGGAAAUUUGCUUUAAAUAUCAAACGAUCUACAAAACUUUAUUGGAUUGAAUCCCAGCCAAAGAGUGUAUGUUUGUCCCAGAUCGCUGUCACAGAGAGAUCGCCGAUGUUCUUGAGGGACGUGCAGACGCUUCGUUUGAGGACAGACAUGCCAUGCCGUAUGUUCAAGCCACGAUCCACGAGGCACAGCGCAUGAGUGACACCGUUCCUCUUAGCGUGUUCCAUACUACCUGCAGCGACACGCAACUAUAUAGCUACCAGCUGCCCCAUGUGAGCAUUACCAUGACGACUGAUAUGCUGCCUGUUGGUGACCUUUGAACUAUAAAGAUCUCCUGGGCUAGAGUGAUGUCAUUAUGGGUGCUGUCUCAGUCUUUAGUGUACCUCUCCACCUCUCCUUCUAACCGUUAAUCCCUCUCUCCCUCUGUUCCAGGGCACGAUGGUGAUUCCUAACCUGUCUUCGGUGCUGCAUGAAGAGGGCCAGUGGAAAUUCCCUCACGAGUUCAACCCUGAGAACUUCCUCAACGAGGUCGGAGAGUUUGUGAAACCAGAAGCCUUUCUGCCAUUCUCAGCAGGUGCCUUUUUGGAAAAGCGUCAAUAUCUGAGGCUUAUCAAUGAUACUAUGUUGUACAGCGACAGGAGAAUAUGUUGACAUAAAAUACCUGGCUGCGUGCAUAUGAAGGUAUGAGUGGGGCGGCAGGUAGCUUAGUGGUUAAGAGCGUUGUGCCAGUAACCGAAAGGUCGCUGGUUCUAAUCCCCAAGCCGACUAGGUGAAAAAUCUGUCGAUGUGCCCUUGAGCAAGGCACUUAACCCUGAUUGCUCCUGUAAAUCGCUCUGGAUAAGAGCGUCUGCUAAAUGACUAAAAUGUAAAUGAGUGAAAUGUUGUUCUCAUUGAGAGCCGUGUGUGUGUUCCCCAGGACCUCGUGUGUGUCUGGGGGAGGGAUUAGCGCGAAUGGAGCUCUUCCUGGUUCUAGUGACAUUGCUUCGGCGUUUCCGAUUCGUCUGGCCUGAGGAUGGAGGUGUCCCAGAUUUCAGCUUCAUCUUUGGUGGGAUACAGUCUCAAAAGCCCUGCCGCCUGGGAGUGCGCCUGAGGAGCAGCGAGAGA